AUGAAGGCGGGGGCAUCGUCCAUGUGGGCGUCAUGCUGCGGGCUGCUGAACGAGGUGAUGGGCACGGGGACGGUGCGGGCGCAGCAGCCGGGGUUCGGAGCGGGGGCGGGGCCCUUCCGCUUCGCGCCCAGCGCAGGGUACUCCACCUACCCCCCCACCAGCUCAGGGGGCGCCGGACAGCUGUGCAAGGCCUGUGGGCUGGCUUUCUCUGUCUUCAGACGCAAGCACAUCUGCUGCGACUGUAAGAAGAGCUUCUGCGCGCUGUGCUCGGUGCUGCAGGAGGACCUGCGCUGCUGCGCCACCUGCCACCUGCUGCGCGGCACGGCCUUCCAGCGCCCGCGCCUCAUGCAGCUGCGGGUCAAGGACCUGCGCCAGUACCUGCUGCUGCGCAACAUCCCCACCGACACCUGCCGGGAGAAGGAGGACCUGGUGGACCUGGUGCUGUGCCACCGGGGCACGCGGGAGCCCCCCCGGCCCGUGCUGGAGGAGGAGGAGGAGGACGAGGAGGAGGAGGAGGAGGAAGAAGAGGAGGAGGAAGAAGAGGAGGAGGAGGAGGAGGACACGCACGAGGACGAAGAUGAAGGGGCACACGACUCAGACAGCCUGCACUCUCUCCCGCACUCGCGCGCCGCCUCGCCGCCCUGCGCCACGCGCUCCGCCUCCGAACAGUCGGCGCUGUCCGCCUCUCAGGGAGACGCGCUCAGCCCCAGCGGCAGCUCAGGGACCACCAGCCAGGAGCAUGAAGGCACGCCCACAGCAUCCCUUUUGAACCUGGAGCCGGCUGAAAGCAUCUUAGAGGUCAGCCCGGCGACACAGAGGAGGAUCAGAGCCUCGCUGUCUGAUCUCGACAAUGAAGAGGCGAUAGAGAACCUCUCCGUCCGCCAGCUGAAAGAGAUUCUCGCCAGGAACUUUGUGAAUUACUCCGGCUGCUGCGAGAAGUGGGAGCUGCUGGAGCGAGUUCAUCGACUCUACAGAGAAAACGAGCUGAACAGGAAAUCCAUGGAAAACGUGAGCAUAACAGCAGUGGUUGCAUAUCCUCCGCCUCUCUGCAACAGUGGAGUUGGAGAUGGCGUCAAAGCUCAGCUGGCAGCCGAUGAAAACCUUUGUCGCAUCUGCAUGGAUGCCAUCAUCGACUGUGUGUUACUGGAGUGUGGUCACAUGGUCACCUGUACCAAAUGUGGGAAGAGGAUGAGCGAGUGCCCCAUCUGCAGGCAAGCGGCCCUCAGGCGCGCGCACGUGGCUCCAGCCCUGACUUUACUGAGGAUAGACCGCCGUUCACGACGUCUCACAGGACCUAAUGCUGCAGCGGGCGGGAGACACUUCCCGUCCCAACGCUCCUCCCUGGUUGACAUCAUCACUCUUCCCGUCAUCGGUCUGUUAGAUGCACCACGGAAACCGCUGCCCAAUCGACUCUCCAUUCUCCGUUUUAGAUUCUGGGCACGAGAGACAGGAGGAGGCGGUCCUGUGGACACCCGGGGAGGGUCGGCCGGUUGUUUGUGGUGA